AUGGCGGUGCCGCAGACGGUGCUGACGUCGAGUCUCCGACUCGACAAUGUUGGUGCCACUCGACCUGCAGAGCUCCUGGUGCCCGCAUAUGCAUCGGCUGUAUCUCUAGGUCUGCUAACGCUGACCGCCGUAUACGCGUUCGCAACGCGUCGCUCGACCAAAGACGGUUCUACGGGUUUUGAGGCCGAUGCUACCGACUCUAGCGCCAACGGGCUAUCCGAACAAAAGCGACCCUCGCCCGUGUCUGUGCUCGGCGGUACAGCUGCGGUAGCAUGGAAAGUUCUCCGAGCGCUCUGCGUAGUCUCACUUCUUGGCCUCAGUAUCGCGGACGUUCUGCAGUCGAACACGAACGCUAACAAGGCGCUAACCGCCACAUAUACUUACGCCUCCGUUCUGGCGGCAGCAUCCCUGACGCCUAUCGCAGGCGUAUCCCGACAUGCAUCAUUGCACCUGGCUGCAGUCUUACUGGUCACCUUUGCUGUAUACCUGUAUCGCGACGUCUGGCCUCUGAUGACAUACCCACUGGUACCUGCCGACCAAUUUGAAGGCGCACAGCUCUGGGCUAAGGUCGCCCUCUUGUUCGUUGCCAGUUUCGUCGCGCCCAUGGCCACUCCGCGGCGCUAUAUCCCGUAUGACCCAAAGGAGCCCUCUACGCCGAAUCCGGUCCAGACGGCCUCGCUCUUUGAGCUCGCGCUGCUCAGCUACUGCGAUCCGCUCGUUUGGAAAGCGUACCGCUCAGGCCAUUUGCCGUACGAGGAGUUUCCUCCGUUGCCGGAUUACGAUCAAACGGGUCACCUCGUCGAACGCAGCUUUCCCCAUCUCGAUCGAUUCUCCGGCGCGAAAGGCUCACUCUUCUGGGGCCUGGUGAAAGUCUUCGGUCGAGAGUACUGCCUAAUUGCCGUCAGUCUCGUCAUGAAAGUGAUCGGCAGCUUUCUCGGACCUCUGGGCGUCAACCGACUGCUGUCGUACCUCGGACACGGCGGCGAAGACGCGUUCGUACGCCCGUGGGUCUGGGUUCUUGCGCUUUUUCUCGACCCUGUACUCGGCACUUUCGGCGUCUCGUGGUACAUGUAUCUUACCUCGAUGACGCUCGUCCGUAUCGAGGCCAUCUUCACUUCGCUCGUCUUCGAGCACGCACUGCGUAUUCGACCAAGCGCCGACACCGGUUCUACCGAGGCGCCGUCUCAUGAAGGGUCCGUGGAUGGAGAUGCAGCUUCUACGAGCGGCGAUACCAGUACGAAGAGCAGAAAUCUCGCGGGCAAGCUCAACAACCUUAUUUCGACGGACCUGAACAACAUCACGCUCGGAAAGGAGGUUAUGAUGCUCGUGUUUUAUGCACCUUUGAUGACUGCCUUCGCAAUUUGGUUCUUAUAUGUGAUCCUAGGCUGGAGUGCCUUUGUCGGCAUCGCCGUGAUGGUUCUACUUCUUCCGCUUCCCGGCUAUCUCACCGCGUCCUUGCAUGGCGUUCAAGAGUCAACGAUGAAAAGGACUGAUGCGCGCGUGCAAGUCGUCACCGAGAUCAUGAACGUCAUCCGCAUGGUCAAGCUCUUUGGAUGGGAACGCAAGAUCAACGAGCGAAUCUCAGCAACGCGCAAAGAGGAGCUGAAGAGUGUUCGCAAACGCGAGAUAUUGACAAUGAUGAUACAUGUCUUGCAGUACAUUAUACCUCUUCUCCAAAUGCUCGCAUCAUUCAUCGCCUAUACCGUCGUCAUGAAGAAAGAAUUGACACCUGCCAUCGUCUUCUCCGCCAUCUCCGUCUUCGAGAUACUACAAGGACAGCUCAUGAACUUGACGUGGUGGACUCCUCAGAUGGUACAAGCGAAGGUCUCGUUGGACCGCGUGCAGAACUUCUUGAGAGAGACCGAACUCUUGGAUGAAUAUACCGGAGACCAGGAGAACUACCUGCCAUACGACGUGCAGCGCGUCAACGCAAUAGGGUUCCACAACGCUCGGUUCACUUGGUCCGUUGACGACGGCACUAGCACGCUGAGGCGGCGCUUCGCUCUCUCCCUGUCGGGCGAUGUACUCUUUAAGCCGGGAUGCAUCAACCUCAUCGUCGGUCCGACGGGAUCUGGCAAGACGUCCAUACUCAUGGGUCUUCUCGGCGAGAUGCACUUCGACCCACUCGAAACCGGCGGCUGGUUCAACUUACCGCGGGGUCAAGGAGUGGCAUAUGCGGCGCAGGAGCCGUGGAUCCAGAAUGAAACGAUCAAGGACAACAUUCUCUUCGGGGCGCCCUUCGACGAGACACGGUACAAGAAGACGCUACAUCAAUGUGGUCUGGAGCCGGACGUCGCUCUGUUCGAGGCUAGCGAUAUGACUGAGGUUGGCGAGAAGGGUUUGACGCUUAGCGGCGGACAGAAGGCGCGGGUCAGUCUGGCGCGCGCUGUCUACAGUUCUGCCCGUAUCCUUGUCCUCGACGACGUACUCGCAGCGCUGGACGUGCACACCGCCAAAUGGAUUGUCGACAAGUGCCUCAAGGGUGAUCUUAUCGUAGGACGUACAGUCAUACUCGUUACCCACAACAUCGCUAUAACGGCGCCGAUUGCCGAACACGUCAUAUCUCUCGACAAUGGUCGGGUUGUAGCUCAAGGCUCGAUCUCAGCGGUUCUGGACACUGACACGUCCCUCGCGAGCAAGAUCAAAGAGGUCAAGGAGGCGCUGAAAGAUACGAAGGAAGAACAGGGAGAGGAGCUGACCGAAGAGAAGGCACCUGCCACGAAAGCCGAUGGGAAGCUUGUUCUCGCUGAAGAGCUGGCUGAGGGGACCAUUACUUGGGCUGCUCUACGACUCUUCUUCGAUGGACUGGGCGGUUCGGUCUUCUGGACGUUGUUCAUAGGAGGAUACAUCGUCAACGCCGUACUCCAAUCCGUGACGGUCUGGUUUCUCGGGUACUGGUCGGAGCAGUACGAUCUCCAUCCGGCUUCCGAUGUCAGCGCACCAUUGUACCUGUCCGGUUACGCACUAAUCAUCCUGGUCACUGUCAUCGUAUACGCAGCGACAAACGUGCUGUGGAUCUUCAGCUUCCUCAAUAGCUGUCAGGCAAUACAUGUCCGUCUCGUAUCAGCCGUGCUAGGCACCACUCUUCGUGUGCUGGACUCUACUCCGAUCUCCAGGGUGAUCACACGCUGUACGCAAGACAUCAGCCAGCUGGAUGGUCCUUUCCCUCAGGCGUUUGUUUGGUUCGUCGAGAUGACUACCGUCAUGUUGAUCAAGCUUGCGUCUGUCGUUCUGUUCACCCCUCCAUUCUUGGCUCCCGGCCUCGUGACCGUCUUGCUUGGUGGAUGGUUGGGAAGGGUAUACGUUGGAGCGCAGAUGUCGAUCAAGAGAGAGAUGUCGAGUAGCAAAGCGCCUGUUAUUGGUCACUUCGGCGCUGCUGUUUCAGGCCUGACCUCUAUCCGUGCCUAUGGCGCACAGACAGCUUUCAGAGCAGAGUCCUAUCGCCGUAUCAAUAAGUACACUCGCACAGCGACCGCCUACUUUGAUAUGGAUCGGUGGAUCCACAUUCGCAUGGACUUCCUUGCCGGACUGUUCGUCGCAACACUUGGGCUUUACAUCGUAUAUGGCCCUGGACGUACAGGUAUCCUGGCUUCCGACGUCGGAUUUUCGUUGUCCAUGGCAGUGAGCUUCGCUAGUUCUAUUCUUUACUGGAUCCGUGUGAUGAACAUGGUCGAGAUAUCGGAACCAAAAGCGACCGAGGACGGUGUGCCACCUGCGUACUGGCCAUCUUCGGGUGAACUUCGCGUCGAAAACCUGUCAGCCAGGUACUCAAAGGACUCCCCUGAAAUUCUACACGACCUCAGUUUCACUAUCAAGUCCGGCGAACGCAUCGGGAUCGUAGGGCGAACUGGUAGCGGCAAGAGCUCCCUGACACUCUCACUUCUUCGUGCCAUCAUUACGGAAGGAGAUGUAUAUCUGGACGGUCUCCCUACGCGCAACUUGAACCUAGACUCAUUACGAACAAGUAUCACUAUAAUCCCGCAAGUGCCCGAAUUGCUGAGCGGCACUAUCCGCGACAACCUCGAUCCCUUCAGUCAAUCCGACGAUGCGACAUUAAACAGUGCAUUGCGUUCCGCGGGUCUGAACUCCUUACAGAACGAUGAUAUGGAUGAAGAUGGCCGCAUAACUCUCGAUACCGAGGUCGCAAGCGGCGGGGGAAACCUUUCAGUUGGACAACGCCAGAUCAUCGCGCUCGCUCGUGCUCUAGUUCGCGGCAGCAAACUGCUCAUUCUCGAUGAGGCUACCUCUGCCAUUGACUAUAAGACCGACGCUGCGAUUCAGCAGUCCCUACGCAACGAACUACCGAAAGACGUCACAGUCAUCACCAUUGCUCAUCGCCUACAAACCAUCAUGGAUGCUGAUAAGAUCCUCGUCCUCGACGGAGGAAGACUGGCUGAAUUCGACACACCCGAAAGGCUGUUAGAACGAGAAGGUAUCUUGCGGGCCAUGGUGGACGAGAGUGACGACAAGGACACGUUGCGGAGUAUGGUAAAGAGAGUGAUAGGAUUAUAG